AUAAUAUUCUGCUCUAAACAUUUCCUGCGAAAAAAGCUAUGGCGACAAGGCGACAGCCACUGAAGGCCGAGGCGCCAUCUGAAGACGACGAACUCUUCUACGUAUCAACCAACCCAGCCGGAUCUACAACUGUUAUUUUUCUCCAUGGGGUUCUUUCUUGUCAUUUGGAAUGGGAGCAUGUAACCCCCUACCUCUCGCCGGACUACCACCUGAUGGUUAUUGACCUAAACGGCCACUCCAACUCUUCGAACAUUCUCCCGGUCCUUCUUCCAGCAUCAACAGAUCGCGUCGCAGAUCUAAUCAGACGCCAUGCUCAUGGGGGUAAGGCCCAUGUCGUUGGGCUAAGCAUGGGUGGCUUUAUCUCACUCGAGUUGGCCCGUUGUUACCCGGAACUUGUACACAGCGUCUUUGCGACAGGCGCGCAUCCAUUCAGAGGCGUUUACAAAUGGCUAUCUUUGCGUCCAUUCAUUAUUUGGAUAUUAUUGUGCUUGCUACAUUCAAUGCCAGAUCGUCUUUACUGGUGGAUGGCUUCUAGUCACGGCAUGGCAAGACACGAGGCUCUGAGAGCGGAGAUGGCCAAAAACAGAUCGCGGACUACUGUGCGCGACAACUAUACGAGUAUCUUGGACUUCGACUGGAGUAAAGUGCAGGAAGUCCAUGUUCGGACCGCAGUUAUUGCUGGUAGUCUUCAAGACGAUGUUGAAGCGACACGAGAAAUGGGUCCAUUGUUACGGCAGGGCGGGUGCAGUGAGAGUCGGGUUUUUGUGGUGAAGAAUGCCGUGCAUGCAUGGAACCUGCAAUUCCCAGAAGUUUUUGCACUUGGUAUUAGAGCUUGGAUUGAAGGGAAGGAGUUGCCAAAGGAGUAUGAAGAGUUAUGAUUGGGACUCUCCGUCACUGAAUCCAUUUCUCACACAUGGGGAUUGUUGGUUGGAGAUUCAGCAGCGAAGACCACUGCAGACCACGCUUGAGGCAUAUGGGGAUAUCGCCAAACCAAAAUGAAGAUUGAAUAGCAAGUUGAAUUGACAAGAAGGUACGAACUCUGAGCCUGGCACGUAAAGGCACGAAACAAUGUGCCUAUCAAUGCAUCAUGCUAGCAAGAAUGGGAAAAUAGCAAAAUAGCUGCGGCUCCAGCUUGGAUCAAUGGAC